CGAUUUCUUUCUCCCAUCUGCAUCUUUUCUUUUCAUCUUUCUAUUUUCUUCAUAUUAUUUUGUCCCUCUCUACCAAUGUCAACCUCACGCCCCAAGUUUCUCGUCCUUGCCGAGCCAGAGCUAGCCCGCGAUGAAUGGGAUGCUCUGUGCGCCAUUGCCGAACCCAUAUGGCCCAAGGCUACCAACAGAACAGAGCUGCUUGCUGAGCUUCAAUCCGGCAAUCUUGAUGGCGUAGUAGCUGCGUAUCGAGCCUUUCGCUCCACCCCUCUCACUGGUCCCAUGAAUGCCGAGUUCAUUGCCGCUGUUCCCUCCUCUCUCAAGUUUAUAUGCAGCGAAGGCGCUGGCUACGACGCAAUUGACAUUUCAGCAUGCACGGCCCGCCGCAUAUCCGUCUCCAACACCCCCACAGCCGUCGACGAUGCCACCGCCGACACAGCCAUCUUUCUUCUCCUCGGCGCCCUGAGAAACUUUCAUGCUUCCAUCGUAUCUCUCCGCAAAGGAGACUGGAGCAAUGGUGUUUCUCGCGGUCACGAUCCGCAGGGCAAGGUGCUUGGUAUUCUAGGCAUGGGCGGCAUUGGGCGAAACAUGGCCGUCAAGGCGCGGGCAUUUGGCAUGACAAUCCGAUACCACAAUCGCAACCAGCUGUCUCCUGAAGAGGAGGCCGGAGCUGAAUAUGUCUCCUUCGAAGCGCUCUUAAAGGAGAGUGAUGUGAUUAGCUUAAAUCUGCCCCUCAAUGCUAAAACACGGCAUAUUAUUUCCACAAAGGAGUUUUCUCUUAUGAAGCCUGGCGUCGUCAUUGUCAAUACAGCCAGAGGCGCCGUCAUCGACGAAGCAGCCCUUGUGGAAGCUCUGGAUUCCGGGCACGUUGCGAGCGCGGGGUUGGACGUCUUUGAAGAUGAGCCGCGUAUUCAUCCAGGACUGCUAGCUAACCAAAAUGUGCUACUGCUGCCGCACAUGGGGACAGCCACGCAGGAGACGGACAAGAAAAUGGAGAACUGGACGCUGGAUAACUUGAAGAUGGCUCUGACAGAGGGCAGACUGAAGACGAUUGUGCCGGACCAGAGAGGGGUUACUCCAUGAGGUAUAUCUUUCACAGCGUAGAAUAUAAGAACCAUGCAAUUAGAAUAGUAUUGAAGUAGGUAUACUGGAUAUACUACAAUACAACGAUAGUACGUCAUAGAACUUUACAGAAUCAGAUAGAUGGAUUCCAAUCCCAGCCGAAGAUCUCAGGAUACAUUUUCACGCAAAGGGUAUCAAAAGCAGUAAUAUAUGUCAACUGAAUAUAGUAUUAAAUCCGUCAACUAACAACAAUAAAUAGGCCACGGUUGACGGGCCAUUCUCCGUGCUAGUCUUGAGCCCAAGCUGCGCUAGAGAAUCGUAUCAAGCAUCUGGGCCGUUUUCCUCAUUCUUAUUUCGUCUCUCGUAUGAUUUUUGGGGGGAAUCAUUAGCCAAAUAACCCAACGCCAUUUUGUUGAAAAAGCACAUCGUUUCUAUGUUCCGGGCUGCACGCCAUUAUCCACCCGGCGAGAGCGCUACUAGGUUUUUUUUGUAAAAACCGCCCAAUGCUUUUUCCGUAUCAACACCUGUUAAAGCAAAUAAAGGUAACAAAGGAAAUAAAAUCAAAAAAGCUCGCGCCUUAUAUCCGCCGGAAGCCUGUAUGCUCGCAAAAUUUUAUGCUGUUGAAAACACAAGAUAGACCCGAUACAGCUGACGCCUUUAGUGACGCCAGCAAGUCCGGUUGAAGGGCUUCGGGAUAGUAGUACAUACGCUUAGUAGCGGUAGAUCUCGGCCUUGAAGGGACCCUCGACAGGGAGACCAAGGUACUCGGCCUGGACGGGGGUGAGGGUGCUGAGCUCGACCUGGCAGUGAGCAAGGUGGAGCUUGGCGACCUCCUCGUCGAGGAUCUUGGGAAGGACGGUGACGCCGACCUCCAUCUUGCCAGUGUUGGCGAACUCGACGUACUUCUUGCCGAAAGCCUCGUCGUUGGCCUUGUACAACAUGAUCUGGGCAAGGACCUGGUUGGUGAAGGAGCAGGACAUGACGAAAGAAGAGUGGCCAGUGGCGCAGCCAAGGUUGACGAGACGACCCUCAGCAAGGAGGAUGAUGUGGCGGCCGCUGGGCAUGAGGAAGCGGUCGACUUGGGGCUUGAUGUUCUGGACGGAAGAGGCGUUGGCCUUCAACCAGGCAACGUCGAUCUCAAUGUCGAAGUGACCAAUGUCUAAGAGAGAGAAAGUAUGUUAGUAUUGCAUGCGGGAUAUUAGGUCUGCUUUAGGGAAACAGCAACUUACUGCAGACAAUGGCGUCGUUGGGCAUGGCCUCGAAGUGGACACCAGUGAGAAUGUCACGGCAGCCGGUGGUGGUGACGAAGAUCUGACCAAUGGGGGCAGCCUUCUCCAUGGUGGUGACCUGGUAGCCAGCCAUGGCAGCCUGGAGGGCGUUGAUGGGGUCAAUCUCAGUGACGAUGACGCGGGCACCCAUGCCGUGGAGGGCCAUGGCGCAGCCCUUACCGACAUCACCGAAACCGGCAACGACGGCGACCUUACCGGCAAUCAUGACAUCGGUAGCGCGCUUGAUACCGUCAAUGAGGGACUCACGGCAGCCGUAGAGGUUGUCGAACUUGGACUUGGUGACGGAGUCGUUGACGUUGAUGGCAGGGACAAGGAGCUUGCCCUCCUUGAGCAUGCGGUAGAGGUGGUGGACACCAGUGGUGGUCUCCUCAGAGACACCGUAGCAGUCCUUGAGCAUCUCAGGGUACUUGGUGUGGACGAGGGAGGUCAAGUCACCACCGUCGUCAAGGAUGAGGUUGAGCUUCUUGUCAUCCUUGAAGGCAACGAGCUGCUGCUCGAGGCACCAGUUGUACUCCUCCUCGGUCUCACCCUUCCAGGCGAAGACGGGGACACCAGCGGCAGCAAUGGCAGCGGCGGCGUGGUCCUGGGUAGAGAAGAUGUUGCAAGAGGUCCAGGUAACCUCGGCGCCGAGGGCAGUGAGGGUCUCGAUGAGGACGGCAGUCUGGAUGGUCAUGUGCAGGCAGCCAGCAAUGCGGGCACCGGCGAGGGGCUGGUCAGCAGCGUACUUCUCACGGAUGGACAUGAGACCAGGCAUCUCGUUCUCGGCGAGCUCGAUCUCCUUGCGGCCAAAGGCAGCGAGGGAAAGGUCAGCGACCUUGAAGGUGUGGGCGGGAGCAGACAUUGUGAUUAGAAGGAGUUCAAAGAAGAACAAUUGGGAUAAGGGAUGA